AUGGGUAAUAAUAGGAUUCCGAUGUGGAAGCAAUGCAGAGCCUUUACUCUAGAGCCUAAUUCUUUAGAUAACAAGGAGGAGGCUACCUCUGUGCUAUACGGAGAGAACCUGUAUGUAGGAUGUGGGGACGGAAGGGUGAACUGCUAUGGAGACAAGAAGUUGUACUCAUUUCAAGGAUUUGAGCUAGAGUUCGACUAUCUGGAGAGCUGUGAUGUGGCUGAGAAGGUAUUGGCGAUUGAGAGAUUUGAUGAUGGGGGUCUGAAUGAGCUUCUUGUUGUUGGAAAUGAAAGAAACUUAAAGAUAUGGAAGGUUAGGAACAAGGGACCUACUAAGGAGGUUUUGGAAGGGAGGCAUUCUGAGGGCUACGAGUGUGUAUGUAUAAAGGAAUGUAGGAAUGUGCAUCCGUGUAUUCUUAACAGCCUUAGCCUUAACAACGACAGGCAAUAUCUUUUAUCCUCGGACUAUCUGAAAAUCAACCUGUGGAAGCCCGAAAAGAUUGAUGGAUGCUUUACUAUUGUGGACGUAAAGCCACAUAAAUACAGCGACUUGAUGUUUGUGAUCAAUUCAACUAAAUUCAGCAAGGAAAUGAAUAUGGUGUUUGGAUAUUCAACAAGCUCUGGAGAGAUCCAUGUAAACGACCUGAGGCUAUCCUCCAAGUCACUGGAAGCCUUGACAAUAGACGGGGUGGAUGCGGAUGGAAUUGAGGGUGCAGUGAAAUCCAUUUCCGACUUCCAGUUUGUCGACUCAAAUCUAAUUCUUGCUAGAAGCCUCAAUUCUGUCACGCUCUAUGACAUGAGAAAUCCUAAGGACAACAUUUUUACUACUGUUUUAUGUGACGAUGUAGACGAGAUCAGCUCUGUAUAUGAGUCUGAUGCUGUGUAUGCAAGGUUCAGGGUGUGCUGCUCGGACAACUAUGGGUUCACAGGAGGGUUCAGGAACACUGUGCACAUCAUUAAUCUUCUGGAUGGAUCAAAGGAGGAUUUGCCAAUACAAUGUAAACCAAAAAACACAGAAAAGAAAGACAGACUCAAACUUGUGAGCUCAAGGGGGAAUGAUUUUAUCAUUGCUUGUGAAGGAAAGAUACUUGAGUAUCGGCAUGUUUAG